AUCAUGCGGCGUCGUACGACUGUGGGUAUGACGUCAUUUUUGUGAGACUAAUGUCAUAUGCUUUUGGCAUGCGCGAAGGUCAAAGUGGAUUCCUCUACAAAGAUGGCGGCUGCCUUGCGUCAGUGUCACCGGCAUCUUAUAUAGGAAAACUUGGAAUGGCGACACUACUGAAAGUGCCCAAUAUUCGUGCACCAAGUUGAAUUCCUCCCCAUAGAGAAAAGCCACUCUACUAUGCCUUUGCCCCCUCCCCAGGGCUGGGGCCUGCUGAUCAAAAGUAGCAUGGGUGAAAGAAGACAAGUCAAUGCUCAGAGCCACAUAAUUGAACCUAAAGAUGGCAAGUGUGGAUUACCGGUGGACAUAGGCUUGCAACAGUCUGGCACUGUAUACCUAUAAUGAGUAGUAGCAGUCUUUAUCGAAUAUGUCUCCCUGCUCUCAAGUUGCAACAGUUUCGGUACUAUUCAUCUCAGGGUAGAAGAGGAUUUCUCGCUGGGCUGCUGGAUAAUAUCAAGCAAGAGUUGUCAAAAAACAAAGAGAUGGAAGAAAAUAUAAAAAAAUUUAGAGAAGAAGCAAAGAAAUUUGAGGAAUCUGAUGCGCUCCAACAAGCUCGCAAGAAAUUUAAAACAAUAGAAUCUGAAACUAUGAAGACAUCUGAAGUAUUCAAAAAGAAAUUUGGGGAGAUAUCGGAAACCGUGAAAGAGAGCUUGGAUGAAGUUAGCAAGAGUGACCUUGGCCGUAAGAUCCGAGAAGGUGUAGAAGAAGCUACAAAAACAGCUAAACACUCAGCUGAGUCUGUAAGCAAAGGAGGGGAGAAGCUUGGCAAAACAGCUGCUUUCAAAGUCAUCUCUCAGGGCGUAGAGACUGUCAAGAAGGAAAUUGAUGAAAGUGUCUUGGCACAGACUGGACCAUAUCGCCCCCCUCCAAGAUUAAGGAAGAGGAGUGAAUAUUCAGGAGAUAAAACCAAAGAAGAAAAAGUAUUUGAAGCUAAUGAGGAAGCUAUGGGAGUUGUGCUGCACAAGGAUUCUAAGUGGCACCAGCAAUGGAAGGAUUUCAAAGAUAACAAUGUAGUGUUUAACAGAUUUUUUGAAAUGAAGAUGAAAUAUGAUGAGAGUGAUAAUGCAAUUAUCAGAGCAUCACGUACCAUCACAGACAAAAUAAGCGACCUUAUUGGGGGAAUGUUUUCCAAGACUGAAAUGUCAGAGGUCCUGACAGAAAUUGUGAAGGUUGAUCCAAGCUUUGACAAGGAUUCGUUCUUAAAAAUUUGUGAAAAGGAUAUCAUUCCAAACAUAUUAGAGGCUAUAAUUAGAGGUGAUCUUGAUGUUCUUAAAGACUGGUGUUAUGAAGCGACCUACAGUCAGUUGGCUCACCCUAUUCAGCAGGCCAAAGCUAUGGGUCUUCAGUUCCACUCCAAGAUCCUGGAUAUUGACAAUAUUGAUCUGCCGAUGGGAAAGAUGAUGGAGCAAGGGCCAGUCCUCAUCAUAACAUUCCAGGCUCAGCUAGUUAUGGUUCUCAAAAAUCAAAAGGGAGAGGUUGUGGAAGGAGACCAGGAUAAAGUUUUGCGGAUGCUGUAUGUGUGGGCACUGUGUAGAGACCAGGAUGAACUUAACCCUUUUGCAGCCUGGAGACUUUUAGACCUAUCCUCAUCGGCUUCUGAACAGAUCCUCUGAUAGUGCAGAGACUAUAGCUAAAUUCAUCUGUUCUAUCCACUUUGAAGCAUCUCAGUGAAGAAGUUGAACUCAGUUCAGCUGUAUUCUGCGAGAAACACUGAAACAACAGAACAUUAUCUCCUUCAGCGAGAAUAACCUAUGCUGCCAUAUUGGUUAAACACAAAUGCCAGGAAAUGCCUGACUUUGAGUGCCCUAUUUAAGAUUUACUCGUGAAGAGUAAUCUACUCUUUUGUUUUUCCUGUGAAAGGUAAAUAUGCCAAUGAUAUGUUAAGUAUCAUGUCCAAGAGUUGACACUCUAUAUUUGUUUCUUAAAGCCAAUUUUAAAUAUUGAUUUAAGAACAGUCCUUAUUUUCAUCUGACAUCACAAUCUGUCCUCCAGUAUUUUUGAAUGGAUGGAAUCCCUCUCCUUUCUCCAUUUAUCUAAUCUGGACAUAAUUCUUCUCAAUCUUCCUGUUUAAAAGAAGACUGGGGAAAAAAUUGCAUGAAAUUCCUGUUCAUGAUAGAUUUGGUCAGUAAAUACAAUGUUCUUUUUUUAAACACAUAAUAAAUGUUGUCCAUGUUUCAAUUA